UUACGAAUUGAAAUCGGCGACCCCAAUUGAGAGCUGUGUGGAAACCCUAAGCAGAAGAAAUCUGAUUCGUCGAAUUGAAGAACACGAAGCUAAGAAGAAAGUGAUAAUGGGGAGCGAGGAGGAAAGCGCGGUGAAGGAGCCGUUGGAUCUCAUUCGUCUCAGCCUCGACGAGCGCAUCUACGUGAAACUCCGCCAUGACCGAGAGCUCCGUGGCAAGCUUCAUGCGUACGAUCAGCAUCUAAAUAUGAUUCUGGGUGAUGUCGAAGAAAUUAUUACAACCGUGGAGAUUGACGAUGAGACUUACGAAGAAAUUGUCAGGACAACAAAGCGUACGGUGCCGUUUCUAUUUGUCAGAGGAGAUGGUGUUAUUUUGGUUUCACCUCCACUAAGAACAGCUUAAACGCAUAGAGGAUCAAGAAUCGUUUUCUUUUCUUUUCUUUUUCUUCUAGCACUUAAUCGAAGUGUGUAAUUUCGUAAUUCUGUAUUCUCCCUAUUUUCUUGUGUACACAAUUACGAGUGUGAGUUUAGUUUUAUAAUCGGAAUGUAUUUUCUAAGGAAUCGCUUUCUUCUAUUACCCAACGGGAACUAAUUGUGGACUUCGAUAGUUAAUUCAUAACUAUUUUCUUGUCUGAAAA